AUGAGAAAUAACUUGAAAGAUAUAAUGCAAAUGAUUAAACUUUAUAAUUUAUUUCUUUUAAUCAUUUUAUCAUAUAAUAUAUAUGGUCAAUAUAUAAAAACAUUACCGGAUCAUUUGAAUAGAUUCAAGUUUCCUGUUAGAUAUCUUUCAGAAAAACAUUAUUUACCAAAUAUACUAUCAUCAUCAUCAUCAUCAUCAUCAUCGUCGUCGUCGCCAUCGACAAAGGAAAGAGUGGUAGCAGUUCCAGCAGCUUCUGUAGCACAAUUAACUUCAUCAUCAUCUUCUCUGAUGUUUCCAUCUUUUAUACAAAGCAAACUUCAACGUAAAUUUUCUGAUUUCCAUGAUAAAUUUUAUUUUGAUGAUGCAUCCGUAUUAUCUGCUUCUAAUUCUUAUUCAUCAGAAAAUAAUCUUCCAUUGAAUAGUAAAACUGCUAGCAACAACUCAACUACUAUUACUACUACUACUAACAAUAAUAAUAAUAAUAAUAAGAUUAUUAUUGAUGAAAUCAAUGAUAAUUUACAAACUUCCUAUUUAUGGAAUAAAGAACAAGAAUUAAAUCCAUACAGACAACAAAUAGCUCAACAAUCACGUCUACUAAAUCAAUAUUCUGAUAUGAAAAGAACAAAAUUUAUGAAAUUGCCUACCUCAUCAUCAUCAUCUUUUCAACCGCUUACAAUAUACCCUUCAUCACUUAUACAAAGUGCAUAUAAUAAAAGUUUAUCAAAUUAUGUUGAUCAUCAAAAUAAACAAUUAAAGCAUAGAACUCAAUUAAAAUGGCAAAAUCCAGUAAUUAAUUCAAUAAAAUUCAAUAAACAGAAUAAAAGUAAUACAGAAGAGAAAGUACCUCAAAUUAAAGGACGUUGGUGGUUAGAUACGAUAGCUAAACUUCUACAUUCACAUCCAUUAACUCUGUCUGGUAAUUCACGGAGUUUAUAUAAUCCAAUCAUUGAAAUUUAUGCUGAAAACAAUCAAUCACCAUCCAUUGAAAUGAAUGCAGAAACUAUGAUACCAUGGAAUAAUGUACCAGGAUUAAAUUAUCAGAAUGAAAGACAAAUUGUUCCGUAUGUGAACCAUGAAAUUCAUGCUGGCUCUAGUAACAAUAAUAAUAAUAAUAAUAAUAAUAAUCAAAACCAUCCGUCAGUUUAUGGAUGGAGACGACAGAUUUUCGAUCCUAUCUCACAUAAUACAGCAUGGAUAGAACAUCAUCUCAGACAACGUAUACAACGUUACAAACAAUGGUUAUCACCAAAACAAUGGAAACAAUUUUUAACAGAUGAUUCUACAACUAUUGGCAGUCGAAUGAAUGCACCGGCUAAAUUUAAUCUUGCUUUAUUUGAAGCUGCAGUAGUUGGUGUAAGACGUGCAGUAGCUGAAUGUCGUUAUCAGUUUCGGCAUGAAAGAUGGAAUUGUAGUCAAGUGCUUGAUGAUGAAACUGCUUUAUUUGGAAACAUUUUACUGAAAGGUAUACCACAAACUGCAUUUAUUUAUUCAAUUAUCAAUGCUGGAAUAGUUCAGUCUGUAGCUGAAGCAUGUUUAAAUCAAAUCGAUAAUUGUCCAUGUAAUAAUCGAGGUAGACAAGAACCAUUUUCAGAUUGGCAAUGGCAAGGAUGUGAUCAUAAUAUUCAUUAUGGUAGAAGAUUUUCACGACGUUUACUCGAUACAAUGGAACGUGGUUCACAUAUAAGAUUUGAAAUGAAUUUACAUAAUAAUGGUGUUGGUCGACAAUUAGUUAUUAAAAAUAUGGAACGUUAUUGUCGAUGCCAUGGAACAAGUGGAUCGUGUACCUUAAGAACCUGUUAUCGAAGAACACCACGAAUGAGAACACUUGGAACUUUGUUAAAACAUAUAUAUGAUCAUGAUUUAGUACAAGUUAAACUAGAUUCCAGUAGUCUGCGAUCGACCCGUAAUACUUAUGAAGAUAAGCAAGAGACUUCUUCCUCUACAUCAAAUCAUUUUAAACAUUCAUAUUUAGAUAAAGCUAUCAAAUUUAUACCUUAUCAGAAAAACAUGAAAAAACAAUUAUCCCCAAUAUUAUCAUCUAUAUCCAAUGACUAUUAUGAUAGAAACGCCAAUAAUGUAAAGAAAACUCCCAAAAAAUCCAAUUUGAUUAUUAUAAACCCAACAAAAACAACAACUAUUCAUUCACCCAUGUUAACUAAAUCCAAUGAACUAAUGAAUCAUUCAAUACAUCCACAUUUAUCCCAAUUAGUUUACUAUGAAUUAAUAAAUGAGAAAUUGUUUUGUCAUUCUAAUUCAUUUUAUCAUAUAUUAGGUACAAAAGGUCGUUUAUGUAAUUCAUCUUCAAUUUAUAUGAAUAAUUGUCAUCAUUUAUGUUGUGGUCGGGGUUAUAUAACACAUCAUUAUUAUAUUAUGGAAUCAUGUCAUUGUAAAUUUAUAUGGUGUUGUCGUGUUGAAUGUCAACAAUGUUUAGUAUUAAAAAAAGUAGAAACUUGUAUUUAA